AUUGUUGGAUCGAUUCCCUUGGAGCCUUCCGGAGCUCAGAGAGGAGCUUGAUUUAGGGAGCUCGGAGCUGCAACUCUUGAUCGCUCGCGUGAUUGAAGCUCAUCUCGCUGCGCGUGGAUCUCGUCGCCACCUUCCACUUGAUCCUUUCCUCGCUAGAUUUAGUUCAAACCUCGUAGAGCACUGGUUAUUGUGUCUCUAUUGACACACACUUUCGAGCUUACGAUUCGUGGAGCUUCUCGUUGAUUCGAAUGGACUUCGUUUCUUUUAGUACGCAAGGAAUAGGUCUCGACACAUGGUCGCGCUUGUAAGUAUGUCUCCAGGGUAACUAUCAUCAAGCAGAACUUCAGUGCCUGGAUAGGUUGGUCUUCGUUCUCAUAAACGCAGGAAAAAGAAUCAUUAUUUGAUCAUGGCAUUUCAUCGGCGGAGUUGUCUUGGAUUUCUAGUGCUUCUCUGGUGUGCUCCUUCGGCAUUCGGUGCAUUUAAGGCCAGGAAGAUUGGACCUGUGGGACUGGAGACAGUGGAUUGGGACAGUUCAAACGCAAUAAACCAUCUGGGUUCGAGGAUAGCGAGGUCUCUUUUGCAGAAUUCUGAAGGUAAUUCCGGCGACUGGAAACGUGAAGAGGAAACAAAAGAGUGGAAGUCAGAGGAGAACCAGGAAAUAGUGAAGGUAGAGGAAAGGAAGGAAGAAUGGCAGCCCGAGGAGAAGCACGAAGAAGUGAGAGUUGAUGAACAUAAGCAUGAGUGGAAGCCUGAGGAGAAGCACGAAGAAGUGAGAGUUGAUGAACAUAAGGAUGAGUGGAAGCCUGAGGAGAAGCACAAAGAAUGGAAGACUGACGAGAAGCAUGAAGAAGUGAGGGUCGAUGAACACAAGGAAGAAUGGAAGCCCGAAGAGAAGCUUGAAGAAGUGAGGGUUGAUGAAAACAAGGAAGAAUGGAAGCCUGAAGAGAAGCACGAAGAAGUGAGGGUUGAUGAACACAAGGAAGAAUGGAAGACUGAAGAGAAGCAUGAAGAAGUGAGGGUCGAUGAAUACAAGGAAGAAUGGAAGCCCGAAGAGAAGCUUGAAGAAGUGAGGGUUGAUGAAAACAAGGAAGAAUGGAAGCCUGAAGAGAAGCACGAAGAAGUGAGGGUUGAUGAAUACAAGGAAGAAUGGAAGACUGAAGAGAAGCAUGAAGAAGUGAGGGUCGAUGAACACAAGGAAGAAUGGAAGCCCGAAGAGAAGCUUGAAGAAGUGAGGGUUGAUGAACACAAGGAAGAAUGGAAGACUGAAGAGAAGCAUGAAGAAGUGAGGGUCGAUGAACACAAAGAAGAAUGGAAGCCCGAAGAGAAGCUUGAAGAAGUGAGGGUUGAUGAACACAAGGAAGAAUGGAAGCCUGAAGACAAGCACGAAGAAGUGAGGGUUGAUGAACACAAGGCUGAAUGGAAGACUGAAGAGAAGCACGAAGAAGUGAGGGUUGAUGAGCAUAAGGAAGAGUGGAAGGCUGAAGAGAAGCACGAAGAAGUGAGGGUUGAUGAACUUAAGGAAGCAUGGAAGCCCGAGGAGAAGCACGAAGAAUGGAAGCCCGAGGAGAAGCACGAAGAAUGGAAGCCUGAAGAGAAGCACGAAGAAGUAAGGGCUGCUGAACACAAGGAAGAAUGGAAGCCUGAAGACAGGCACGAAGAAGUGCGGACUGAUGAACAUAAGGAUCAAUGGAGGCCUGAAGAGAAGCACGAAGAAGUGAGGGUUGAUGAGCAUAAGGAAGAAUGGAAGCCUGAAGAGAAGCAAGAAGUGCGGGCUGAUGAGCAUAAGGAAGAAUGGAAGCCCGAGGAGAAGCACGAAGAAGUGCGGGCUGAUGAGCAUAAGGAAGAAUGGAAGCCCGAGGAGAAGCACGAAGAAGUAAGGGCUGAUGAGCAUAAAGAAGAAUGGAAGCCUGAAGAGAAGCACGAUGAAGUGCGGGCUGAUGAACACAAGGAAGACUGGAAGCCUGAGAAGAAACACGAAGUGAAGGUAGAGGAACAGAAGGAAGAAGUGAAACAUGAGGAAGAAGAAUGGAACCAUGAUGUUACACAUGAAAAGAGCGAGGAGUUGCAGACUGAACAAAAUUCGGAGACCAAACCUGAGGACACCAGAGAACAGAAGCUACAAGAAACAACACAAGUAUCCCAACAAGAAGAGAAACUAGAAGUGCAGUCCGACGAAUAUUCAAAGAGAGAUGGGAAUGCAGGAUUUAUGUCGCAGGCAAGCAAUGCUCAGCAUGCCGCAGAUUCGGAACAGAAACAGCCGGAAGAGCACAUGCAAGGUUUGAUUAUGCUGAGUGAGCACCAGGAGAAAAUAGCACGACGUGAUCAGGAAAUGAGAGAUCGGGAACAAUUGGCGAAGCACAUCCAGGAUCUUCAUGAAGAGCAAGAUCAGUUCGACCUCAACAAGGAGCACUUGCCAUCGCAUCACGAACAAGUGUACACCCCAAUUCAUCUCAACGAGGAACACGUGCCAUUCCACCAUGAGCAAGAAGAAUCUGAUAAUCGCGCAAUUCACGAUGAUUGGACAUCUUGGGAGCACAAUGAGGUCUUGGGACCAGAUGACAAGAAGAUGGAGUGGAGUCACGAAGAACAAAAAUUUGUGGAGGUUAAAGAAGGGCAUGAGUUGAAUUUCAAUGAUGUUGAGAGCACACACCGCUAUGGUCAUCUCGUCGCACAUGAUGAAGAGGUGGAUGUGUCACCUAUAAUUCCUGAGCAGGACGUUGACAGCGUUGGAGAGAUGGAAAAAUUUGUCUCACACGAACAGAACGUUAAUCCGGUUGCGAAGGAUGAUAACAAGCAGGAGGUUACUGAAGACGUUGGAACGGACAUCACAGUAGAGAAGUCAGAUGUUGAAGAUGGAAGCGCCGCUGAACGGAAUUACACUGACGUUUCUGCUCCAGGUGAAGAAAUUGCAGUGCAACGCAGUCGUGCUCCUGAUAAUGAGCAAUCGUCCGAGGCUUUCCCAUCUGAGAGCCAAGAUAGGCAGGUCGAAUCUGUAGACUUUUCUGAACACUUAACAAAGAACAUCAAUGUGUUCUCGGAUCAAACCAAGACUCAUUUCGUGAGAGUUAACCAAGACCUCACGAUCACGAUCAUGCCCUUUCUGGGAAACAAGCAUGCCUCACUAGUGGCAUCAGCGAUUUCCUACUGCCUGUUACUAAUUCCCUUGGCAUUAGUCUUCUUCGUUUGUGAGCAAGCACGGGAGUUUCUGACUUUGCAGAAAGCCAUCCUUUUUGCCAACAUUUACCUUGCUGUGUACUUCGAGCUUCUACUGGUGGCAGCCCUUGGAUUAGGAUCAGAGCCUAUGCAAAGAUUCCAAGAGUUUUCUCCGUCUAGUUACUUGGUUCUACAGCUCCUGCAGGCGUUCGGCUACAUUCUGUACCUUACUCUCCAGACAGCCGAUCUAACCUUAGUCUUCGCCAAUGGAACGGCUAUUGCGAAGUCCUCUGCAACGGUGCAGAUUGUGGUGGCAGCAAUGAUCGGCAUUCACUACUACAUCACUGUAUUUGUCAAAGCUACCCAAGGUAAGGCGCCUGCGACAUCUUGGAAAGCUUAUGCAUUCUACAGCAUUGCGUUUAUGACGCUGUGCCUCUUUGCGAGGAUCAAGCGUAGUAAGAAAGACUAUCGUCCUGUGGGAAGCGAGACCACAGAUAAGAAAAACUGAAACUUUUCGGCAUUCAUUCUUUAAGUCAGUUCCACUGGCUUCUUGUUUUAUAAGGUAGCAUCGAGAUCGCAUUAGUUGAAACGAUAGGAAUGUUAGGAUUACCCAUCCACAUCGCGUAGUCGAAGGAUUUUGAAAGCGUUUUUUAAUGCUUUCUACUCUCGUGAAGACCUUACCGUGUACCAUUGGUUGUAGCUACAUGUGACGAGGUUAUGUGACGAUGGAUCAAGUGACUAACUUUCUUCGAGUUAGCUCUAGGAAUUCCCCAUUCUGUAUCAGCCCCCUUCGUUCGCAUGUUGGGAGUGCUGGAGUUAUUACAGUCUGCAAGGCUAUUUACCCUAGGCAAUUGUUCAUUCAUUUUAUUCAUUCCUAGCGAACAACUGACUAGAGAGUAGAAAACAUUUUGGGAUCAAUUGAGGUCCUGGCAAGUUGAGAACAUUAUUUGAUAUGGUUCAGUGUUUACGCAUUAAAUUGUCAGGGGCCAUUUACAUUGCUUGACAAACAAUAACUUGGGUACAGUUCAGUUGUGGUGGUAGAUAAAGUAGCAAUCACUCUGCAAUUGGUGAAAUAAAUGCUUCCAUGAUUCAGUUUA